AUGGCUGCUGUUUGGAUAGGCCUAAGACCUGCUUCAACCUUUCAGGGCUCGUACAACCACAACCACCUCGAGGACCUCCUCGGCGACGGGAUCUUCGCCGUCGACGGCGACCAGUGGCGCCACCAGAGGAAGCUCGCGAGCUUCGAGUUCUCUACUAGGAAUCUGAGGGAUUACAGCAGCAACACCUUCAAACGCCAUGCCGCGAGGCUAGCGCAGCUCAUCUCUGAGGCGGCGAGUUCGAACCAGCCGGUGGACAUCCAAGUAAGUUUCGUAGUCACGCCGACGAAUCCGAGAUUUCUAUGAAGGAUGGUCAUUCACGGCGCUCCGCAGGACUUGUUCAUGAAAUCUACGAUGGACUCCAUAUUCAAAAUCGGGUUCGGCGUGGACCUCGACACCCUCCUCGGAACAAACGAGGAAGGGGCCCGAUUAUCCAAAGCUUUAGACGAUUCCAGCGAGCUGAUGAUCUGGCGAUACGCGGAUGUCUUGUGGAAGAUCAAGAGGGCUCUGAACGUCGGAACAGAGGCCACGCUGAGGAGAAACAUCAGAGUAAUCGACGACUUCGUUUACAAGAUCAUCGACCAAAAAAUUGAACAACUGUCCCGAGAGAGGGUCGACUCGGUGGGUCUCCCCAUCCUCCCGCUCCUUCCAUUUCGAUGUUUCACUCACCCUGUAACCAGUUAUCCUUCUGGAGCCAGAUGAGGAAGGACGACUUAUUGUCGAGAUUCCUGGAGGAGAGGGAGAAGGAGCCGGAAAAAAUAAGCAGAAAGUACCUGAGGGAUAUCAUUCUCAACUUUAUGAUCGCCGGAAAGGAGACCACGGCAAGUACUCUGUCCUGGUUCUUCUAUAUGAUGUGCAAGCACCCGAAUGUGCAGGAGAAGGUGGCGGAAGAGGUGAACGAGGCGACGAAGGGGAGCUCCCCCGGGUUGUCCAUGGGGGAGUUCGCAGAGAACCUUGCGUCCGUCGAUGAUCUUCCCUACCUCCACGCCGCACUGAACGAGACGAUGCGUCUCUUCCCCGGUGUUCCAGAGGUGCCGUCCAACGCCAACCCCGGUCAUUUCCUGUGGAAAUAACCAUCUGAUCAAAACUCUUCGGGUACGUACUAUUUACCGAUGUGUUUUAAUGCGGGAAGGACCCGAAGAUGUGCUUCUCGGACGACACGCUGCCGAAUGGAUUUGACGUUAAAGCCGGUGACGUCGUGGUCUAUCUGCCCUACACCAUGGGGAGGCUGGAGGACCUGUGGGGCGACGACGCGGAGUAUUUCCGACCGGAACGGUGGCUUGAUGAGGGGGGUAAUCUCCGCCACGAGAGCCCUUUCAUGUUCACCGCCUUUCAGGUGAGCCCCUCUUCCUGUCUUCCUUUCCGCUGAGAGUUAGACUUGAUCAGAUCUUUGAAAUCAACAGGCGGGUCCCCGAGUUUGUCUAGGGAGGGAGUUCGCUUAUCGCCAGAUGAAGAUCUUCGCGGCCGUCCUCCUCCACUUCUUCGCGUUCGAGGUGGCCGACGACGGGAAGGACGUUGGCUACCGAACCAUGCUCACGCUGCAGACGCUGGGGCUGCGCCUGCGACCUUUUCCAAGACAAUUCUAG